UGCCUUCUUUUUUGACAAACAACAGACCAAUGCCAGGUGCAGGGUUCCAGUUCUUUUUAUGAGGUAAUUUUUAAUUUUUUCCAUUUGUUUUUUAAAUUAAAAUAUUAUGCCAAAAGCAAUACUACAUUCAUCUACAACAAUUUUCAUCUGUAAAAGGUAGAUAUUUUCCGUAGAAAAAACAUGCGUUUUGUUAACGGAACCGUAGGCAGUAGCACCGUCAAAUUACUACAAUAAAAAAGUGAAGACAGUCUUUUAUGUUUGUCCUGUACAGAGAUUGUUUAAUUUUAUGUUACCAUGUCACACCAGGAGAAUUUUUUUACAAAACUAGAAUCUAACGAUAAGCAGGUUGUGAAAGAUAUUAUACAGAGCAUCAGGGAUCAGUUUUCUAAAGUUUCGGAACCAUGGCUUUUAAAUGGGUUAUACGAAUACUACCUAAGCACAAAUUCAGUCCGUUCAAUAGAAAUUCUGAUAUAUUUAAAGGAACCACAUUAUCAGUAUUUAUUUGACAGAUUAUAUGAAUCAUUAAAAAGUAGUAAAGUGGAACUGAAAGUACAAGCUCUUACCUUAUUAGGACAUAUAGCUAGGAGUCAGCCAUCUUGGCUAUACAAACUGCCAGAACAUGUACUUUUUAAGGAGUUGUUAAGGUUACUACAUAAUGAAGUGGAACUUCUUCCACUGAUAAGUGCCCUAUUGCUUUUAAUUGUUCUUUUGCCUAUGUUUCCUUCAGCAAUGGGUGGGUAUUUGGAAGAUAUUUUCAAUAUAUUCCGUCGUUUGGCAGCAUGGAACUCAAUUCCCGGUACAUUAGUUGAAGAUCAAAUGAUACACCUGCAGGUUUCACUCUAUGCUUUGUUCUUGCGACUUUAUGGAAUGUAUCCAUGUAACUUUUUGACGUAUUUAAGAAUACAUUUCAAGGACAAAAAUAGAGCGGUUUUCGAACACACCAUAAAGCCAAUGUUGGAUACUGUAAAAAUGCACCCAUCUUUAGUCACUACCUCAAAAGAAAACGAGACGACCACUGAAAGGUGGAGAAGAAUGGGAGUGCAUGAUGUUAUCAUCGAAUGUGAGCGCUUUAGUUUAGACAUGACCGACAGAUGUCCCCAUGAUAGCUGUCAAAAUACGACAGGUUUUCGAUCAAGAUCUGGAACCGCCAACUCGACCAUAGAAUCUGCGUAUCACAUGCAGUCACUUAAGACACUGGCAAGUCUGCAAAUGCUCAAUAAUGAAGUGGACUUUUUUACCCCCAGCAACAUCUUCCACCUUCAUACCCCUCCCAUUACAGAAGCAUCAGCUGCCAUCCCCCUUCACAUACAGGGCGCCUCAACGAGUUCUAAUUACCAGGAAGGGACGUCUCCCCCUGAGGCGGCAAUUGAAGCUACUCCAGAAACCACUCCAGUUCGGGAUUUCCGUUCGACUCCGUCAUCGCUCAUCCAUCAUCAUCCCCUAACGCCAAAAUCUAACGCGGCUCGCGCAUUGACCGGCUUCCGUAGCGGCUCGAUCAGUCUGAGCAUGGUGUCGCCUACGCACUCCCAACCAUCCUCGCCUAUGCGCAAAGAGCCAUCGCCAUUUACUUACCCGACAGUGGAAGGGGACGUAUCGCGGGUGCCGGGCGCUAACAUAUCACCAUCGGCUUUCGUUAAAUCGGGGGCGGGCUCUUUUUCUAAUCAGAAGAUGGUCAAGCUGAUCCAGGAAAGGCUACAGGCGUUAGAUACGCAGGUGGAGCAUCCCAAGUCGAAGCCGCCCCCGACUAGUCCAUUACGGAUAGUCAAUCCGGACGGUUCCAAUCGGCAGCCCGUUAGUUUCCAGCGGAACGAAUCUCCAGUGAGUCAAGAGGACGAGGAAGUGUCGACGAUCGUUAGAGAAGGUGCAGCGCGGAAGCAGUCGCUCAGACCCUGCGAUAGCGUGCUGCCAGAGUUCGAUGAUCUGCCCGAACUCGACCAGGACAACCAGGAACAGGGCUCGCCGUGCGCGGCCGGCGGCCUGCACAUGCCCAAUUCAAAAUCGAUGAACAGCUUCAAGCGUCGGAUCAGACGGUUUCGAUAUCACAGCCAGUGUAAUCCAGAUCUGGAUCGAAUUGAAAUAUCGAGCAGUAGCAGUCCUGGUAAUGGUUUAAAUUUUCCGGGAAACACGAUAGUACGCAGGGCGAAUUCGUGUCCUGAAAUGGAGAAAAGCCAAGUCGUUCCCAUCAAAGACAAUAAAAAGCCGUUCUACGAGACGGACGAGGAGACUGUGUCUGCGGACCGCGUCGAAAGCACUUCAAAUGCCCCGAAUGGUUUAAAUGUUAAGGAGCACAAAAAAGAACCACCCAAGCACAUGACCGUCACCACUCAAACCGAUAAUUUUUGGCCGAUGCCGUACGAACAUCUGUUCCUUAACAUUUUCCCUUCAUUAGAAGCAUCUGAGGUGAAGCCCAGUCCUGCUCCGAGCCCCGCCCCGUUGAACACGUCUCAGGAGAAGUGUCAGCCUUCCUUGUAUGAAAUACUCGAUAGGUACAUAGAGAAGGCUUCGUCGGCAGCAGAUACUAAGAAUCUUAACGAGCAACUGCAGCUGCUGCAUCAGCAGUUGUUGUUCGAAAGGUACCGGAGAGAGACGCACGCCUACAGAAACAGAAGACUGCUAUCGGACGCCAAGAAUACGAGACUUCUAGCGGAAUGUAACUCGGCUCUGAAGGACCAAGUGCAGUUGAAGCAGAAAGAUAUCGACGAUCUCAGGAAACAAAUGGAGGAUUAUAGGGCGGACGAUUUAGAUGAGAGGGCAAAGUUAUCAAGCACCAUUCAGUAUUGGGAAGAUAAGUUUAAAGCGCUGCAAGACGAAUAUAUAAUUACGAAGCGGUCAUAUAAUCAAUUGCAGAAAGAUUUAAAGGAAACAAAAGAACAGUGCACUGCACUGGACAAAGAGAAACAAGACGCACUAGCAAGUCUCAUGGACGCCAUUGCCGAAGUGAAUGUGGCGAGAGAGCAGGCGCUCACUGGCGACAAAGUGAGAGGCGAGCUGCAAGAGGCCAACAGGGAACUGUUGCUGAUGGGAGAGCUCCUGAUCAAGUACAAAGAAAAACUGGACAAGUUGUCUUCAAAACGGGAAGUGGAAGAAGAGAUGUGUUACGUUAAAGAAGCCUAUAGAGAAGAGAUUAAAGCUCUGGGUCACCAGCUGGAAUCCAAGACGGCUUUAAUAGAGGCGUACAAAUGCAGGAUCAACGAAUUGGAGCACCUGAUUAAAGCCAAAGAUGAAAUUAUCUCAUCAGGAAAGCGCACAUUGGUUGCGGUCGUAGACGAACGGGAAUCCAUCAUACAGGCUAUCGAAAGUAAAUACGAAAGCCAGAAAAAGAUCAACUACGCCCUAGAGCAACGGAUCAUGGAAUUACUCCAAAGGCUCGACGUGGAAGGUGUGAAGAGAAACGUGCAUUCGCCCGACACCAGUAGCUGCCACGAAGUGCAAGUGACGACGGCCGCAGGUCUGAGCCCUCAUUCGUCACCUUUAUCCGCCUCCCUAGGGUCGUCCGAAGGUAGCGUUCCGUUCCACGACAGGGAAGUUAGGAAUCUGCAGGCUUUCGUGGACCAACCGGAAGCCAGCGGUUCCCGAACCAGGAUGGAAAGUUACGGGGAAGCCGCUUCGGACGAUAGACAGGGAGGAGAUUUGUCCGGCAAAACUGACUGAUUUUUCAUUGUAAUAUUUGUAACGUAAUUUAAGAGAACAGGGGAAACGUCUUCACCAUUACUUCGUAAGCAGAAAAAUAUGUAGAACCGCUUCUUUAAUUAGCCUUUAAAAAUAAACAAUUAAUUUUUUAAAUGAAAUUGCGAAAAUUCUUCGUUUGAUUUGUAUUCUCUUUAUUAUAAUUUUUUCUUCGUUUCGAGGCAAGCGCGAAAAAGUUAGACCAUAAUAAGGAACUUAUGAUUAUAUUAACAAACAUCAAAGGAAUUUACUAUAAUUGGACUGAUAUCUUGUUAUGGCUAUAUAUUGUUACAGAAAUGAUUUCAAAGCGAUUUUUAUU